UACAAAUUUUAGUAAACAACUUUUCCAAGUUUGAAGUCUUACACUUCUUGACUUUUGGGUGUUUUCUACGUUUACUUAAGACGGGGUUUUUCGUUCUAAACUAAAAUGGGAGCGUGUAUGGCAUUGUGUUCAAUCGCCAGCUGUGCAUCGUGUCUGUGUGGCUCUGCUCCCUGUCUGUUGUCAGGAUGCUGUCCCUCCACCUAUAACUCCACUGUGUCCCGGCUGGCCUUCUCCUUCCUGCUGCUGCUGGGGACCCUGGUCUCUGUCAUCAUGAUCCUACCUGGCAUGGAGACUCAGCUCAAGAAGAUACCAGGGUUCUGUGUGGGCGGAACCUCCAUACCCAUGCCAGGCAUCGAGAACAAGGUGAACUGUGAUGUCAUCGUGGGCUACAAGUCUGUGUAUCGCAUGUGCUUUGCCAUGGCCUGCUUCUUUUUCCUGUUCUCCAUCAUCAUGAUCCGCGUUCGCAGCAGCAAGGACCCCCGAGCUUCCCUACAGAACGGAUUCUGGUUCUUCAAGUUCCUCGUACUGGUGGGGAUAACUGUAGGAGCCUUCUUCAUUCCAGACGGGACAUUCAACACAGUGUGGUUCUACUUUGGCAUGGUGGGUUCCUUCUUCUUCAUCAUCAUCCAGCUGAUCCUGCUUGUGGACUUUGCUCACACCUGGAACCAGUCCUGGCUGGAGAACGCUGAGGAGGGAAAUGGCAAGUGCUGGUUCUCAGCUCUCCUGUCCUUCACGGUGCUGCACUAUGUCCUGGCCUUCUCUGCUGUGGUGGUGUUCUAUGUCUAUUACACCACAGGAGACGACUGCACUGAACACAAGGUCUUCAUCAGCCUCAACUUCAUCUUCUGCAUCAUCGUCUCCAUAGUUGCCAUCCUGCCCAAGGUUCAGGAGUCCCAGCCCAGCUCAGGCCUGCUCCAAGCGUCCUUCAUCUCCCUCUACACCAUGUAUGUCACAUGGUCCGCCAUGACCAACAACCCCAACCGUAAGUGUAACCCCAGCCUGCUGAGUCUGGUACACAACACCUCCACCCCUACACCUACACCUGCCCCAGGGCAAGGGGUCCAGUGGUGGGAUGCACAGGGCAUCAUAGGACUGGUCAUCUUCCUCUUCUGCACUCUCUACGCCAGCAUCCGUUCGUCCAACAACACCCAGGUGAACAGGCUGAUGCAGACAGAGGAGGGCCAGGGUCUGGCUGCAGAAGACCACGAGGCGGCCACGGGGGAGGACGGGGUCAGACGGGCCGUGGACAACGAGGAAGAGGGGGUCACCUACUCUUACGCCUUCUUCCACUUCAGCCUGUGCCUGGCCUCCCUCUACAUCAUGAUGACACUCACAAACUGGUACCAACCUGAUGCAGACUACCAGGCCAUGCAGAGCUGUAUGCCAGCUGUGUGGGUGAAGAUUGGCUCUAGCUGGAUAGGCCUGGCUCUCUACCUCUGGACCCUGGUAGCUCCUCUCAUCCUCUCUAACCGAGACUUCAACUAAAGACAUACAUUCCAUCUAGGGCUAAGUCCCAAAUGGCACCCCUGGUCCCAAGUAGAAAGAGGGUGGGUGUCUUUUCAGAGUUGCUGAGGGACUUAAUUGUUUGGCAUGUUUUGAUUUAUACUAUUUGGAACGUUUUUUUGAAUUGUGCUGCUUGAAGGAAGGGACCAUUGUCAUGUCUUAUUUUUAUUUCAGGCUGGAUGUAACAUAGUAAAAGAAAAUCAGGGACACUUAAAUUAGUAUAUGUUAUGUUUGGUAUUGUUACUUAAUUAGCUAAUUUGCAACUACUUAGCAUGCUAGCUAACCUUAACACCAACCUUAAUCCUUAAGGGUCUAAGCCUGCGGAGGGGUUCUAUUAAGCUGACAUAUGGAAUUUUUUAAAAGAUGUUCAUACCGAGGAUCAUUAAUCGACUUGAAUAUUAGGACCCCUUUUAGGUAUUAUAUAAAUAUAUCACACGCACAUUAUUUGAUGAAACAUUGAAUUGGGCCUUAGUGCUAUUAGCCCAUAGAAAUGGAUUGAAUAACAGAUUCAUAAGGUAGUAAUAAAUAGAUAGGAAGUUUGUUUUUUUAAAGUGUCUGUCCUAUGUCCGAGAGACAUAAAUAUAACAAAAUAUGCAGAAAUUGUACUGCCAUUUUCUGGUUGCUAAAAUACGAAUAGUUCGCCUAAUUUCAGUUUGUGACAGCAAGCAAGUAUAGUGUAGCGAAUCAUUGUACUAUCUAAAC